GUACGUUCUUACACGUAAUACAUACAUGUAUGUGUAUCGUGUCAAGUGAGUAGCGAUUGGGUACAUUCAUGAGGAAGUAGCUACGAUAGGUACAAUUAUUGUACUUCUUUUUUCAUUAUUCCUUUUUUUUCUUCUUAUUGUCUUAUUAUAGGACCAGGCUAAAAAAAAAAAAAGCUGUGAUGUGGCUCAAUCCGCAUCAACGCUACCUACAUCUCGUCCCCAUCAAGCAUUAACGCUGCGCUGUAGUUGGGGUUUGCCGGCCUCGGGAGUUGUGUUUCGUUUUUUUAGGACCUUGGAGAACGAGUUUUAUUAACUUCAAAGCUGUUCUCCGAUUUCUCAUUCGGGAUCUUUCUCUUAUUCUUUCGUUCUUUCGUUCUUUUCCUCGUUCCUAUCCUUACUAUCUAGGUACCUUGGGGCAUCCCGCCUCUUGUCUUAUUUUUCUUAUCUUUCCCCGAUCUACCUACCUACGCGUAACGUUGGCUUCCCUAUCAACGUUCCUUCACCACCGCCAAUUAUGGCCUUAUUCGUAGACCUCGACGAAGAAGCUGAACCGCCUCAGACGCAUCAUUACGGUCUAAAGCCAGAAUGGAAUGGCGAACGAGCGAAGCAGCAGUUAUCAGCAUCGGGGGUUAAUGGGGAUGGGGCAGUAGCUCCAACGAAUGGAGACGGGGGACAGAGUCAGUCGGUUACGACGACAAUAGAACGCGAGCCCGAGAACCUCAAUGAGCAUAAUGGGAUGGCGGAGGCUCUCGGAUGUUAUCCUAUCGUCAUGGCGAUUGCCUCGUCCAUCGACCUUAAUACCCUCGACAAUUUGUCCCGCACCUGUCGCCAGGUCCACAUAGCCCUCCUACAGUAUCGCUCUACUCUCAUCGCGCACACCCUCCAUUGCGUCAACGAAGACGUGCCUAUCGAUCCCGAAGAUACCUUCCGAUAUCGCGCCCGAGCUGGGAACUGGUAUUACAUGGAAGACGGUCGAUCGGGAGAUUACAAUGGUAAGAGUGGGAGUUGCGCGAGAGAUAUGGUGGCUGAGUGUAGACGCUGCGGGACGGUUGUCUGUCGAAACUGUGCGAUUAAACCCCCCGCCCCCGCCGUGCUUCCCGAUAGACAUCGUCGACUAUGCAUCCCAUGUAGUAAAGCCCCGCUAGGCAACCUUGUGAAGCCACCAUUACGAGCAGAUACACCUGUAGACGCGGACGAAAUGCAGCGAGCGGUAUGCACAUGCGAUUCGAUCGGAGUCUGGCUCUGCCAGCCCUGCGGGAGGAGUAUUCGAGGAGCAGAUCAUGAUUAUAAGUCCAUCUGGAAAUGGCGCAACCAAUACGGCGAGGUUCUUGGUGGCCUCGGCACCGGUAUCGGGGAAGGCGACCGGGGUGUCAUCUGCGGUCGCGAGGCCGCGUGCUGUGGCUCUAAGGAACGCGAACAGGAGACGGAUUGCGAUGCUGCGGAUGCGAGGGAGUUGGAUGAGAGUAAUAAUCUCAAUAAUAGUAUUAAUGGUGGUGGAAGUAGUACGACUACGCUCUUGUCGCCUUGGGCUACGCCGUCCCCUGCGUCUUCGAUUUCGGGGUCCCCGCCUUCUGAGCGUAGGACGCCUAGUCCGCAGUUGAGGCCUGGGUAUGCUAGGCAUGAGAUUGAGGGGAUUAGUGGCGUUAUUAAGACUAAGCUAGUCCAGAUCGUGAAAGUAGGGAAGUGUGUACCCGAGUGGGAGGAUGAGAAGAAUAAAGGUGAGAUUCUGGGUCGGGAAGUUAGUGGUAGGAGUAGAAGUUGGUGUGGUUGGUGUUAUAGGGUUAUUCCUGGGGAGAGGGAUUGGGAGGCCGCUGGUAAGGGGAAGGGGGUUAACGGUAAAGCAUGAAUGGGAAGUGAGGUUGAUGACCUCUUGCCCCUGUGGUAGCAUAGUUAUGGUGGUUGUGGUGGGGAGGGGAGCAUUGAUAGAGUACAGGAUAUUGCAUACUGCAUAACAGAGUCCGGUUGCUGGAUAUUGGACGAAUGAGUAUAGGAAUCGAAAGAGGAUUUUUAGGUGUAGAUGGAUUUAGUGAUAAUGAAAUGAAUAUUUGGAUAUAAGUGAAAUAGCUCGGGGUUUAUAUGGUGGGUAGAUAGGUGAGCGGAUACGGUGAGUAUUUCUACAAUACAUGGGCUCCUUAUGCCGGGUUUUUGCAGUACGAUUUGGAUUGAGAGCAUUGGUUUGCUUUAUAUACAAAAUUGAACCAAGUAGCUUUUCUCACGAUAUUACGAUAUAACUACGUAUAUAUCGACUAGAG